UGUUGAACUGCCGUUGCAGGAAAUCGAUGUCGUCUUUACCAUUGAUGGUGUGAUAUAGUUUCAGAUCAUCGGCAUAAGCUAGUUUUGGACCAUCGAGAAGCGAGAGAACAUCAUUAAAAUAGAUGACGAAAAUUAUCGGUCCUAAAUGGCUUCCUUGUGGCACUCCGGAAGAGCCGAGAAACUGUCUCGAGAAGGAUUCUCCAGUAUGAACGGACAAUUUUCGUCCCGUUAAGUAACUCCGAAACCACUCCAGUAAAGAUCCACAGAAGCCCAAGCGACCUAGCUUUGCGAGAGCAAUCUCGUGGUUCACUUUAUCAAAUGCAGCAGACAAAUCUGUAUAAAUAGCAUCGGUUUGGGUCUUCAUGGCAAAGCUUUCUUGUACGAAAGAUGUGAACGUCAGUAAAUUUGUGGUAGUUGAUCGUUUAGGCAUGAAACCGUGCUGAUCGUUUGAAAAGUGGUGCUUGCAGAAUGAAAAAAUGGGAUCCAACACAACCAGCUCAAACAGUUUUGCAAUAGCACACAGAGCUGAGAUACCACGGUAAUUGUUAAUAUCUUUCUUAUCUCCUUUUUUGUAAACAGGAAACAUACAUGCUUCUUUCCACAAAGCGGGGAAGAUAGCGCCGUCCAGUGAUGCUUGAAAGAUAUGCCUGAUAGGUGUUAGCAGAUGAGGCAUAAACCGUUUCAAAAAAGUAGCUGGGAUUCCAUCCGGGCCCUUAGAAGUAGAGUUUUUGAGUUUGGCGGUUGCUUUUAAGAUAGCUGCAUCGUCGACAAGAAUACCAUUUAUUGAAGAGCCUAGAGCUUGCCAGGACGAUAGGCAUUAAAAUCAGCCCUCAACCCUCAAGAUGAGUGAACUGAGUUCAAUGGAAGUGACCGAGCCAUCGGAAACAAUCCAGGAUAUCGCACUGAAGUUGGUGACCGAGCAAAUGAAACAAGAUGCCAGCCUCAGUGUGGAGCCGAAUGAGAGAACCAUUUUUGUGCUCGGCAGCAAAGGAGCUGGAAAAUCAACGUUAAUCAAUCGCUUUCUCGAUCGGGAUGAUAUAACUCGUCCGACCUUGGCCCUAGAAUAUUCCUUCGGACGUCGCACCGCAUCCGGCCAAGGAGCACAGAAGAACAUUUGCAACGUCUGGGAGCUAGGCAGUUUGGUAAAUUCAAAUCAACUCAUUGAAGUGCCGGUCCGCUCACAUGGAAUUACCACGUUCGGAGUAGUCGUUGUCCUAGAUCUCUCCCAGCCGGAACGCAUCUGGACGGAUCUGGAAUGUGUUCUGAAUGGACUGAAGCAAGCGGUCACCAAAAAUUGUUCACCGGACGAAAUUAAACGGAUGAAGGACCACAUGAAAGCUAAAAUAGGUCCCGAUCACGUGGACAUUAGCUCGUUAGAGAUCCUUCCUUUCCCGGUCGUCAUUAUCGGAGGAAAGUACGAUAUUUUCCAGAACAUAGAUUCUGAGGUCAAAAAACAUGUGUGCAGAUGUUUAAGAUCGAUAGCCCACGCAGUCGGUGCCGCGCUCAUUUUCUACACCUCCCGGAAUGCAGCUCUUUCAAAAAUUCUUCGCGAUGUUAUGAAUCAUUUGGGCUUCGGUAGUCCUUCCAAUCCCUUCAAGACCAAUGCGACCGACCACAACGGUCCGGUAGUAAUUCCUUUUGGUGGAGAUUCGUGGGAAAAGAUUGGUGUAACUCCAACUAAUUCGGAACGCAUAGGCCUCACCUACAGUGCCCAAAUACCGCAGGUGGGAACGGAAAAAGUAAUCGUUCCGGAUGACCCGUCCAAGGAUGCCGGCUUCAAGGAAAGGAUCAUCGACGAGCUGAGAGCCCAGAAGGAUGAAGAGCUGAUGAGGCUGCUAAAGGAUACUGAAAUUCGGAUGAAGUUUGAAACGGUGCAAUAGUGGAAAGCAGCAAAGUUUAAACCGAUACAUGUAAACGAAUUAUUAAAAAUAAUAG